GAAGAGAGCAGCGAGUCGGAGCGGCGCCUCCUCCUCCGAUGGCCCCCGCUUCGGCAGAUUCACCUGUUACCACGGGGAGGAGGAGAAGCGAUGGCACCCUCCGGCCAACGAAAUCCUCCGGUCCAUACAGAAGCUGUACGACGAGGCGGCGCGGCGGCUGCCCUUGGACGAGAUCCCGGAGCUCGUCGACUGCCUCGGCGAGGUCGGACACUGCUUCGGCCUCGCCGACCCCGUCAGCAACAUCAUCCUCAACGCCAUCGCCCACCUCUCCGGAUCACCGCCCCUCCAACUCCAAGACCACCCACCGCCGCUCCCCCGGAAGAGGACCCGCAGGAGCUACAGCGAGUGGUGGGGGUUCAUCUCAUCCACCUCUCUCAACGGCCUCAUCGCCUUCAUGAAGGUCUAUUUCCGCUACCUCACCGGCGACCAGGCCAGGCGCUACCUCUACCUCGCCUCCUACGACCUCCUCCUCGCCAUCAAGCUGGUCCACCAUGACCGCCAUCUCCCACUCCCGCCAUCCCCCCUCCUCCCCGACGGUGGCAAGAUGAAGAACGCCCUCCGGAUCGCCGCGCUCAAAGCAGGCCACCCCGCGCCCGACGACCUGGCGCGCACCAUGACCGCGCAGUACCCCUCUCAUCUACUCUCCCCUAUCGUCCACAAGCUUCAGGGGUCGGACCUGCUCACCACCCAUGACGUCCAGUCCAUCAAGGACCUGCUCCUCAACGCAUUCCAAUGGCCCCCGCCCAACAUGGACUUCUUGUGCUGCCCAAAUGGCGAGUCUUGUGCUCAAGCCGCCCCCAAUGGCACCUUACUGCUGGCGACAUGCAUUGGGCGAGGCACUUUUGCUCGAGUUUCGAUCGAAAUUGAAACUCCAAAUCAAGUUCUAUCCGACCAACUCCGACACCUUCCUGACAUAACAUUUGAUAGGGUAGUGAUGGAGACAAAGCUAUCUAAGUGCAUAGCGAAAAUCACAACCUGCAGUGUUGAUUGUGAAGAACCUCAGGAAGAAAUGCAUUAUGAUGCUUCCCCGCCAUGCGAGCACAUAAUUUCCCUGAACAUGUGCCUCCUCGACACCAUCCAUUGCUUCUACAUCAGGGCACUUGCCGUGCUGCCCCUGCCUGGCGACUCCAUGCGCCGUGGCCGCCUCCUCCACGCACUUAUUGAGUUCGGAUACUGCUAUGGCCCCUUAGACCCUGUGUCGAACAUCAUCAUCAACGCUGUCUGGUACAACGCCUACGAUGAUAUGGCCUUUUUUGAUGGUUCGUACCCACAGCCUCCACAGGAAGGCGACGCCAAUGACAAGUAUGAGUUGCAACAGGAGAUAUCUGACACCAGCGCCAUGUGUCGCAUGGCAUCCCGUACCCUUGAUGGCCUCAUCGCCCUCCUCCGUGCCAUCACCCCAACCACCACUGGUGCACCUCUAUCAAAGCACGAGGCUGUGGAAUACCUUUGGUCCAGGCAGUGCGACCUCCGCGACAAACUGCAGCAGACUGUGAUGACGAAAAAGAACCCCUACGCUGCUGCAGUCAAGGCAUCGAAGCAGCAGCAGCACACCAUGCUUGAAUCUUUCCUCAAAUCCCUCUCCGGCAAGAAGCUUGAUCGCCUGCACGGCUUGCUGAAAUCCACUAGCAAUGGUUCUCACUGUGUUAUCUCAAAUGCUGAUUGGGAGGAGCUAAACGCAAUGAUCAAAGUGCAGCUAACCGAAAUCUUAUGCAGAAGAAGAAAUCGUAUGUUUGAUUGUCAAACCUCGACAGCAUCGUCAAUGAAAAGUUCAGAAUAUCUGAACCAGCAGAAGUUUGUUCGCAGCAAGCUGGAAGAAUUGCUAGUCGCAUACUCGGGACAACAUCCUUGGGAACCAAGAUAUAAGCUUGACCUCAUCUGUGGAGUGGAGGAACCUCAAUCCUACCACUGGAGAUGCUACCAUGCUAACUUCUUGGCAAGCACCCAUGGCACUGUGCUCAAACUAGAUGGUGAGGCAACCACAACACCAAACCCUGUGCGCACACUCUUCUUCGCUCAAUUCUGGGACUCGCAACCUGGUCGAUUCAAUGAAUCAAACUCAAAGACCAUCUGCUGCCCUGUUCAAGUUAGCACAUGUUUUGGUCGUUGCACCUUUUGUGAUGAAGCAAGCAAAAUUUUACAUCCACCAUGUCUAUCUGGAAGUUAUCCUGAUGAUGGUGAUGAUGCCGUCAUUCAUGACUACGAUGUUACUGAUGCCAUUCUUAUGUAUGGUUCUGUUUAACCCAUUCGUAUCUAUGAUUUUGUUUCACCCAAAAUUAGCAAAGACAAGGGCAAGUUUUGGUCUUAAGUGCUUGUUAAGAGGAUGAGAAGCAACUGCAGAACUAACGGAAGAAGUGCUGAAGAGGAUCAGCUUUUGUAAUUUGUUCUGCUGGAGUACCCUUUUGUGUCUGAACAAAAUGUUUUAGUGGAGGUCUGGUCUUUAGUUUAUGCUGGAUGUGACUAGAUUACUUUUGGUUUAUGCUGGAUGUGACUAGAUUACUUUUGGUUUAUGCUGGAUGUGACUAGAUUACUCGUGGUGUUGGUAGGUAUUUUUGUUCUUGUUUUCUUUUGCUGUUAAUGUUUGCAGCUGGAAGUGAAAGGGAUCGUAUUUCA